CGGCCGUCGAAGCGGAAGAGGAGAAGAGAAGUCACGUUGCUUAAUCUACGGCUGCUGUGUGUUCGUACGUUCAUGUGCUGCACGGCAAAGGUGGCGAACGCGCCGGAAGGACUGCGACGGCUCGCCGGCGGCGAGGAGGAGGGGGAGCAGGAGCAUGCAUCACUGGCGGCUCCGGCAACGGCGGCGGCGACGACGUCGUGGUUGUCGCCAAUGCUGUCGCGGCACGAGCGGGAGAUGUCGGUGAUGGUGUCAGCGCUGACGAGGGUCGUCGCGGGCGGGGCGGCGCCGGCACAGGGUGCCAGUGAGGUAGUCUCACCGGAGGGGCCGCGGUGGGACUACGCAGCUCUGUCACCGUCUCAUCCCUCUGAACAUCACGAGUACAGAGCAGCAGCGAUGCCGGCGCAGCACUCGCCUUCGGCGACGGCGUCGCCGGGCCCCAGCGAGCAGCUCCCCUCGCCGUCGUCCACAGACACCAGCGGAGGCGGGCGCGGCGACGCGGCGCGGAGGCGGUACCGUGGCGUGCGGCAGCGGCCGUGGGGGAAGUGGGCGGCGGAGAUCCGGGAUCCGCACAAGGCGACGCGCGUGUGGCUCGGCACCUUCGACACCGCCGAGGCCGCUGCGCGGGCCUACGACGAGGCGGCGCUAAGGUUCCGCGGCAGCCGCGCCAAGCUCAACUUCCCCGAGUCCGCCACCCUCACGCCGCCCUCGGCGCCGCAGGCAGCCUCAGUGCCGCCACCGCCGCCGCCUCCGAGGCCGGAGGUGCUGCUCGAGUCGCAGGCGCUGGUCGGCGGGGAGUACUCCGAGUACGCCAGGUUCUUGCAGGGCGCCGGCGAGCCACUGCGUUUCCAUGAGCAGACGGUGGGCGCGGUUCAACGGCCGGUGGUGACGGCGCCCGGCGCGCCUUCGGGCUCGUCGUUCCCGGUGCUCUUCAGCUUUGGGGGAGGUGAAAACGAUGGUGCAGCGAGCCAUCUCUGGCCGCCAGUGAAAGGCUCCGCAAGUGACGCCGGAGCCGAACACCCGCCGCCGCCGGCGACUUGGCCGGACUCUAGGUGGUGGCCCGCGCCGCCGCGGGACCCAUCAGGAUGACGCGCAAGGAUCAGACUGACCAGUUUCUGCUGUCUCUGCUUCAAGCGUGCCGCAAUUUUUUUCUUUUCACGUUCGUUCACACAUGGACCAAUUGUGAUCAGGAAACACAUACACACGGGCCACGACAUAGGAAACAAAUUAUGUGACUUCUGUGCAAAAGAUGACGUGUAAUAUAUUUUAUAGGUGUGAUAGAAAACACGUGUCACAUAGAGACAGGAGGCCUUAGAUAUAGUGAUAGACUGGUAGAAUUUUUUUUUGAGAGAUAUGUUUAUGUUCUUGAUUCUUUUCGAAUAAACUUUGGUUGCUGUCUC